AUGGCGGAUGGCUCUAGAUUUAUUUACAUGCCUGCGAGCGCCCUGGCAUCACGGAGACUAAUUGAACAAUCUUCGUACACAACAACGCCAGCUCAAUCUCCCAACGACCCAACUCCUCCUUGCGGAGAAGCAGUGUACAAAGGGUCACUCGACGCGGAAGAAAUCAAAUCCAUAGAUUUGAUUCUUCAAAAGAAGCAAAUUUCAGAUGCCAAACAUUUCGAGCCUCCCGGCAGGAACGUCCGCAUUACUGAGCGAAUUAAGAAGAGGAAAGGCAACAAAUCAUUUUACAGUGAGGGAUUGGAAGAGGGAAAGAGGAGCAUCGAACAAGAGUUGGAAGAUUCAAAAGUUAAGCAUUAUACUUAA